UUCCUCCUCCACCUCCUCUUCCUCCUGUAAGACGAGCUUCAGCUCAGACACGAGCUUCACUCUUCACUCAGAUUCCAGCUGUGGAGCAGCUCAAACAGUUCUCUGCCCAGACACAGAGAAGGAUCUGCUUCUCGUCUUCAUCGUCUCACUGGGAGACAAGUGGAGGCUUCAAGGUUGAGGAAAGCAUUUUAAUCCAGUACUGAAACUGAGACAGGGAAGGUGUGAGUGAAGACACCAUGAUCCAAGCCAGGACCUCGACCCGUCAGCUGCUUCUUUUUGUGACCAUCAUCUGGAUAGAGGUCCAGAAUCCUGUGGCAGCAGGAGGUUCUGAGGUGACCUUGAGGUCCAACAGCACCGUCGGCAACCACACAAAAUGCGGCGGCAGCACUGAAUGCAAAGAGGGCGUGAUUCUACGGGUGUGGACGCCAGACAACCCAGCAUUCCCUGACCGUCUCGCCAGAGCCAGUAUUUAUUUUGUUGGGUUGGUGUACAUGUUUGUAGGCGUGUCCAUCAUUGCUGACCGCUUCAUGGCAUCCAUUGAGGUCAUCACCUCCCAAGAAAGGCAGAUCACCAUCAAGAAACCAAAUGGUGAAAAGAUCACUACAACAGUGCGUAUCUGGAAUGAGACUGUGUCCAACCUGACCCUGAUGGCACUCGGUUCAUCUGCCCCAGAAAUUCUCCUGUCAGUGGUGGAGGUCUGUGGUCACAACUUUGAGGCUGGUGAACUGGGCCCCAACACCAUUGUAGGAAGUGCUGCUUUUAACAUGUUUGUCAUCAUUGGUCUUUGUGUGUCCAUCAUUCCUGAAGGACAGACUAGAAAGGUGAAGCACCUGCGAGUAUUCUUUGUCACCGCUGCCUGGAGCAUCUUUGCGUACACUUGGCUUUACAUAAUCCUUGCUGUCUCCUCUCCAGGUGUUGUUGAAAUAUGGGAGGGGCUACUCACUCUCUCCUUCUUUCCAAUCUGCGUUGUCUUUGCUUACGUCGCCGACCGCAGACUUCUCUUUUACAAGUACAUGUACAAACGUUACAGAGCAGGAAAACGAAGGGGAAUGAUCAUCGAAACCGAGGGAGAACCAGAGCUCCCCCAGAAGGUCGACUUGGAGAUGGAUGGUAAAAUUCUCAGCUCCUGCAGAGAGGUAUUUGUGGACAGUCAGGUGGGACUUGAUGUGAAGGAUCUGGAUGAGGAGGAGGCUCGCAGAGAGGUUUCCAGGAUCCUGAAGGAGUUGAAGCUAAAACAUCCAGAAAAGGAGCUGGAGCAGCUGAUGGAGCUCGCCAAUUAUCAGGUUUUAUCCCAGCAACAAAAGAGUCGUGCGUUCUACCGCUGUCAGGCAACCAGGAUCAUGACUGGAGCAGGCAACAUCCUGAAGAAGCACAACUCUGACCAGGCCAAGAGAGAUGCUCAGCACAAAUACUCCUCUGAAGUUUCAGUGAACGACUUCUCCAAGGUUUUCUUUGACCCGGGUACAUACCAGUGUUUAGAGAACUGUGGCAGUGUGGCGCUGAAUGUGGUGCGUCGUGGUGGAGACCUAACAAAGACAGUCUUAGUGGACUACCGGACAGAGGACAGCACUGCCAACGCUGGCUCAGACUAUCGGUUCACUGAGGGAACUGUCAUGUUCCAGCCGGGCGAGACUGAAAAAGAAAUACGAGUUGAUAUCAUUGAUGAUGACAUUUUUGAGGAAGACGAGCAUUUCCUGGUUCACCUCAGCAAUGUGAGGGUCAUAUCAGGGAGUGCUGGCUCAGAAGGCCAAGAGGACAACACCGUGGACGCCCUUGCAGGGUUAGGUCUGCCGUGCACAGCCAGUGUCACCAUCUAUGAUGAUGACCAUGCGGGGAUCUUCACAUUUGAGGAGCCGUUGGUGACUGUGAGCGAGAGUGUUGGAGUGAUGGAGGUUAAGGUGGUUCGGGCCUCGGGAGCUCGGGGCGUGGUGGUGGUUCCAUAUAAAACUAUGGAGGGGACGGCGAAAGGCGGCGGCGAGGACUUUGAAGACACACACGGAGUCCUAGAGUUUCAGAACGACGAGAUCUUUAAAACUAUUCUGAUCAAUAUAAUUGAUGAUGAAGAAUAUGAGAAAAACAAGAAGUUCUUCCUUGAGAUGGGAGAACCUCAGCUGCUGGAGAUGAGUGAGAGGAAAGCCCUGUUACUUCAGGAAGUCGGUGGAUUCACAAAAACAAACAAACAGCUGUUUGGUAGAGACAUCUAUAGGAAGGUUCAGGGAAGAGAAUGCUCCGCCCCCUCUGCCAUUAUCAACAUCACAGAAGAGAGGAACAAGGUGGGUGUGACAAAGAAGGAGGAGGAGGAGCGACGGAUCGCUGAGCUGGGUCGACCCACGCUGGGUGAACACAUGAAACUGGAGGUCGUCAUCGAGGAGUCGUAUGAGUUCAAGAAUAUCGUGGACAAACUGAUCAAAAAAACCAACCUGGCUCUGUUGAUUGGGACGAACAGCUGGAGGGAGCAGUUUGUUAACGCCAUCACCGUCAGCUCCGGUGAUGAUGAAGAUGAAGACGACGAUGGCAAGGACAAGCCUCCAUCCUGUUUUGACUAUGUCAUGCACUUCAUCACCAUCUUCUGGAAGCUUCUGUUUGCCUUGGUCCCGCCCACAGACGUGUGGAACGGGUGGGCGUGUUUCGUGGUGUCCAUCUCUGUCAUCGGGAUUCUGACCGCCUUCAUCGGGGACCUAGCGUCACACUUCGGCUGCACCAUUGGCCUCAAAGACUCCGUCACUGCCGUGGUGUUUGUGGCUCUGGGCACUUCAGUACCAGACACGUUUGCCAGUAAAGUUGCAGCCAUCCAGGAUCAAUAUGCUGACGCCUCCAUUGGAAACGUGACAGGAAGUAAUGCUGUCAACGUCUUCCUGGGUAUCGGUGUGGCGUGGUCCAUCGCCGCCAUCUACCACUUCUUCAAAGGCCAGAAGUUCAGGGUGGACCCGGGAACGCUGGCCUUCUCCGUCACACUCUUCACCAUCUUCGCCUUCAUCUGCGUCGCCGUCCUCGUCUACCGGCGCCGGCCGGGCAUCGGCGGGGAGCUUGGUGGACCUCGCGUCCCCAAGAUUCUGACCACGUGUUUGUUCUUCAGCCUGUGGCUUAUGUACAUCAUCUUCUCCUCACUGGAGGCCAACUGCCACAUCCAGGGCUUCUGAGCAUAUGGGUUCUAACGGGUUCUGACAGAAGUGAUAAAUGGUUCUGAUGGACUUUUAAAGGCUCCAGUAAGUUCCAUCAGAUUCCUGAACAAGGACGAGGACAAGGAACUGGCACCUCAUGAUUCUCGCAGGUUCUGAUGGUCUGUAUAAACUGAGAUGAAACUGACAAUUUUCAUUUUCUAACACCCACUAUAGCCUGGGUUCUGUUGGGUUCUGUUGGGUUCUGUUGGGUUUAGUUGUGUUCCCUUGGGUUUUGUUUGGUUCUGUUGGGUUCAGUUACUUCUUUUGGGUUCUGUUGGUUCUGUUUAUCUGCUUCCCUUUAUUAAAACACAUUUUUCCUGGACCGUCAA